CAGGGCCUGUACGAUAUUGCUAGAGAACAAAACAAUAAAUUGUAAAAUGGUAUAAAUAUAAUAGUAUACAAUAAUUGAGUAACUUAAAUAAUUAAAGUAUUAGAAUCAAAAGAGCGGACUAGAAGAUUGGCGCGAUCUUUAACUACUUAUCUAUUAUUGCAUCGUAUCGUACUAAUAAAAACUCGGAGUGUAGAUUCGGUACGUCGCCUUUAGGAGCGAAGAAAACUACAAAAAUCAAAUCACAAUCAACUUUAAACAAAAAGAUUUGAAGAAAACUACUUUUAGUGUUGGCUGUAGGGCGCACUUUUGAAUAAAUUCGAUAAUAAUUGAAAAUGCAUAGAAUUGUUCACUUGGAUUUGAAAGGGGCGCCGCCCAAAGUUGAAUAUCUAGAAAAAGUGCUUCUAUGUAUAAAAUCAUGGGGAGCAACAGGUGUUCUUCUGGAAUGGGAAGAUACUUUCCCAUACACUUGGGAGUUAGUGGACAUAGGUAGCCAGGGCGGGAGCGGAGGGGACGGUGUUUACCUUCAGGAUGAAGUCAAACAUAUUUUUCAAUUUGCUAAAGAUAAUGGCUUGUUGGCUAUUCAACUUAUACAAACUAUAGGUCACAUGGAAUUUGUGCUUAAGCACCCUAAAUACCAGAAGAUGAGGGAAGCCAAGCAGUCACCAGCGGUUCUCUGCCCUCUUAAACCAGAAUCGAAGCAGCUUGUGAGAGCGAUGCUAGAUCAAGCACUGAAUGCACAACCUGAUGCAGAAUAUUUACAUAUUGGGGCUGAUGAGGUAUGGCAUAUGGGUGUGUGCCCAGAAUGUCAAACGAAGGCAGCAACGCAUGAGCACAAAGCGGCAGCACUUUACUUAGAUCAUAUUCAAGAUAUUGCGAUGUACCUUAAAAGGAAGAAACAGAAUUUAACUAUCCUCAUGUGGGAUGAUAUGCUGAGAAAUAUAAGUGUAGAUGUGUUGAAAAAGUAUGAGUUAUGCAAUCUAGUUCAGCCCGUAGUGUGGGACUACAAUUCGAAGGAAUUCUUCCGUAUAAGCGACCAGUUGUGGGAAACUUAUCGACAGCUAUUCCCCAAAGUGUGGGCCGCUUCUGCAUUCAAAGGGGCAAACGGAAGCUGUCAGAUACUGUCUCCGGUGAAUCGUUACGUAAGCAAUCACGAGGCUUGGAUAGAAGAGAUCAGAAGGCAUUCACCUAGAGUGAAGUUUGGUGGUAUAAUCCUAACUGGAUGGUCUAGGUACGAUCACUACGCGACUCUGUGCGAAUUACUGCCCGUAUCUCUACCGAGUCUUGCGAGUUGUCUGCGGUUACUAACUAAAGCGGAUUCUACGCCUAAUGAGGCAGUGGUCUGCGAAUCGUUGCCUUGCGAACAAUGGCCGGGCGAGGCAGCGGCACGCGGCGUACACGCGUUCGUUUUACUGCGGGACCGAGCCUAUGCCUUCAUACACGGGGACCUAGUGACAACUUGGCUGAACGCGUGGCAGAUCGAGAACAGUUACACAAAUCCGGUGCAGGCUGAAAACAUCGUUACCGUCUCAAAACAAUUGAUAACAGAAUUUGUUACCCUCCAAACGGACUUAACGCCCAACCUCAAUUCCAUAACGGGCAGGCGUAGUUCCGAAGAGUGGAUAAAAACGUUCUUGAACCCUCUUAUGAGCAAAAUAAGCGAGUUACACAAGACAGCCGAAGCCAGGAGCAAAGCCGAGGCUAGCAUCAGCCCUUUGAACACGUUAUUUCUCUGGAAUAAGUAUUGGAACGUGCAGUGAGUGGGUUUCAUAGCGUGUUGCAGCUGUUUAAAGAGCGGACAUUGAAUGAAUGCGUUUCCAUAAUAAUGAUCAGUUCUUUAGGGCCACCUGCAGGGAUUUUGCUAAAUCUCGUUUCAAUUAAAACCAGAUCUAUUCCAUAGAAAAAUGUCAAAACGUCAAUGAUGUCGAUUCUGGCAUGAUUCUCUAAAGCCAAACUUAAAUUUGACAACAGUGCAUCCUUGUCCUUCUCUAUACAGAAUGAAAAGGUGAGACUGACCUUAAGUUUAGUUUUAAGUUUAGAGAAUCACGCCAGAAUUGACACCAAUGUCGAUUUGACAUCAUUGUGUGGGCUAAAUCUGGUAUUAGUGAAAUUGAAAUAUAGCAAUAUUGAUGCGAGUAGAGCUUAG